AUGGUGUUUCUCUUCAGCGUCAACUUCCCCGAACGCCGCAUGGUGAAGAAAGCUCUCCAGUCCUUCUUCGGCAUCGGCCCUAACGUCUCCGCCCGCCUCCUCGCGAAGCACCACCUCCAUGACACCUGCCGCGUCGGCGAGUUAGCCAACACCCAAAUCCUCGAGAUCAAUGCGACACUCACCGAGAUGAAGAUUGAGAACGACUUGCGGCGGCAAGUGCUGGGUAAUAUUGCGAGGUUGAGAGAUACGGGGACAUUCCGUGGGAAGAGACAUGCCAUGGGCCUGCCUGUGAGAGGGCAGAGAACCAAGAACCAGACCAUAACAGCAUGGAAACUCAACAAGAUAGACCGGAAGCUGUAA